AUGCGCAUCCUUUCAAGAUAUCCAAUUUGUUCAAAAAUUUCACCUGUUCCUAAUUUUUCAAAUCCUUGCUUAUUCAGUCCUUCAUUUAUAAAGUCGAAUACUCCUUUAUUUAUACCGCGAAGAUUGUAUCAUGGAUUCAAUACAUUAGGUUUUAUUCGUGGCUUACAGGAGGUCGGCAUCCAGAAGAAAAAUGCAGAAAUAUUUACGAAGACCAUUUCUAAAAUUUACGCAGAUUCCCAUAAAAAGAUGAGUGGAUAUUUGGUGACGAAAGAACAACAAGACCGGGUCAUGUAUCAACAAAAGGUCGAUUUUGCUCAUUUGCGCAGUGAGUUACAAAGUAUUGAACGUCAGGAAAUGGCCGCUUUGCAUGCCCAAGCGGGACAAUUAUUUUCAGACAUUGAACGUUUGAGAACAUCCUUCCGUGACCAGCUUAACAAUUCGACAGCAGAAGCUAGGUUGCAAUUGAGCAUUGAGCGUUUAAAUCACUAUGAUGAAGCUUCUUUGCAGGAGCUUAAACUUCGAGAAUUGUCUGCGGAAAUAGAUACGGAAAUGUCAAAUUUUCGAACCCAGUUAGCCACGUAUAAAACACAGACUCUUCAAUGGUUGUUGGGAAUUGUUACAGGAUCGGGUGCUUUACUUCUCGCAUAUGCUCGUUUAAUCAUUUAA